AUGGCGAAAUCUGAAAUAGAUUCGAAUUAUUGCGCGAAUUGUCAAGUUCAUGGAUGGAAAAAUCCAUCACGUAGCAUUAACAGCAUCUCGUCUUCUCCUUCAAAACAGCAAUUAUCCGUUUCAAAGUAUUGUUUAAAUACUUUUAAAGGGUCGUCUAUAGCCGGAGUUAGCAAUAUAGCAGCUGCUAAAGGGAAGUUUGAAAGGUUUAUUUGGAUAUUUAUCGUUAUUUGUUGUUUGACUGGAUUCAUAUACCAAGUAACACUCUUUCUUCAACAGUAUUAUGAUUACCCUACAAGGGUAGAGGUUGUUGUUACGACGGAAGGUUUAAUGGAAUUCCCUUCUGUAACCCUAUGCAACAACAACAGGAUAAAGAAGAGUGAAUAUUGUAAAUAUAAUAAUGGAUUCUGUCCUAACAAUUCUUAUGAAUUAGAGCAUAUUAAACUGAAAGAAAAUGAUAUUCCUAAAAUACAAUUACAACUUUUAGUCGAGGACAAGCCAAAUAUUAGGAGAAUUUUGGGUCACAAUAUAUCUGAUAUGAUCAUCUCUUGUACGUUUACCGGAACUCCUCCAAUGAAUAGCAAUGAAUGUGUUAAACGAUUCGAAUAUUUUCAUGAUCCAGAUUUUGGAAAUUGUUAUAGUUUAGAAUCGGUUGGAGAUAAUGACACGUUAAAGGCUUCCGAAUCGGAUGUUUGGGAAGAAUUAAGUGGCCAUGCAACAGAAGGAAUAUUUACAGUCAAAUAUAGAUUAUAUAUGGAUAUAGUAACGUGAUUUGAAGAUCCAUUUGUCAGUAUUCAUUGAAUCAUUGGCGUUUUAUUUUAUGGCUAUUUAGGAUGGC